UCCAUACGAAACUGGUAUAACCUACAAUCCUAUUUUCAGUAAAGUUUGUAUGACAAUCCUAAUUCCAUGCAUAACGAUCCUCCUUCUAAAACCCCACGUCCCACCCAUCAUUUGCUCCAUUCCUUAAAGUAUCCUCUUUGCUUUCCCCCAAGAGAACAUUAUUUGCUCCAUUCUUUAAAGUAUCCUCCUUUGUCUCUCCUCUUUGCUUUCCUCCAAGAGAAAGGGCAAUGGAAGUCAUCAACCACAUUCUCCUCUUCAUCUCCCUUUCUUCCCUUCUCCUCUCAGCAAAUGCUGUUUGCGUACCUCGCAAGCACAGUGACUUUGCUGUCUCCACCAAUCCAUCCUCAGCCCCCGCCUUGCAUCAUGCAGAUGUCUCAGUUCCAUCCACGUCGGGUGUCUCCAGUUCAGUUGAAGCUAGAUUGCCUCAUGCAGAUGUCUCAGCUGCGUUGGGUGUUUCCGGUUCAGUUGAAGCUAAAUUGCCCCAUGCAGAUGUCUCAGCUGAAGUUAAAUUGCCUCAUGCAGAUGUCUCAGCUGCAGCGGGUGUCUCUGGUUCAGUUGAAGCUAAAGUGUCCGGUUCAUUCUCCCCCAUUUUGCACACUCCACCAACUGCAAAUGUUAAUCCUGCUGUCCACAAAGUUUGUGGCAUAACUAAAGACCCUGUCGUUUGUGCCACCACCAUCAUUCCAUUCCUUAGUGGAGAGUUUGACCCAGCUUCCAUCCUCGUGUCCGAGAUUCAAGCAGCUAUAAGCUUCACCAAUAAAACCAUUGCUAAGGCAAACGAACUUGCUACACACCAUUCCACAUCCAACUUCGAGUCCCAGUGCAUAGAACAAUGCCAAGAAAACUACGACAGUGCCCUCAACAAUUUUCAAACUGCCUUGGUCGCCAUUAAAGCACAUGAUGCUGGCCGUUUAAAUAGUGUGCUUAGUGCUGCUAUUACUGAUGCUGACACUUGUAAUGAUGGUUUUAGCGAUGCUGGGAUACCCGGGUCACUUUUGAGUGAGGCCAAUGCCUACAUUCAUUUGUUGGGUGCCAUUUGCUUGGACAUAUCUACGUUGCUCCAUUAAGCCAAUUCAUCAGGAGAUCGUGUUUUUCUAUUGCUGGUCAUUCAUUAUUUAUGGCUUAUGUUUGUUCUUAUCAUUGCAGUGCUACCUAAGAAGGAGAAUUAUAUUGGUAAAUGAAUACUUUAAUAUAAUCUUCCUAUUGAUAGUACUA